GGUCGCUAGCACGCACCGCUUCAAUCGCCCGUCCAGGGUUUCUUGCUACUUGCGGCACUGCGUACUACGUCACUUUUACAUCCCCUUCCAUCGCGUCACUGGCCAAUCAAUUUCUAGUCAUCUGUCCACGAAACGGUAUAAAAACUCGAAACCGUUCUUCUCUUUGUUAUUCGUCAGUCUCCCACCCUUUUUUCCUUGAAUCCUUAUUCCUUCCUUCUUUACCCUUCCUAAUUAUUAUCAAUAUUUAUUAUCAAAGUUUUUUGCAAAUUUUCUUUGACUAUGUCAUCAUUUACAGAUACCCACUUCAAGCUGUUGAUAACAUUCACCUUAAUUGCCCGGUAAGCCGGUAACUUCUGACAGGCACGGGCCUCCCCACCUCAAUACAAAAAUAUAAAAAAAAAUCUUUGUUAUUCAGUCAUUAGUCUUGUCUUCGGUCAAUCAGUGUUAGUUAAACUCAGUCAUUCAGGUAGAUCUGAUGAAACGAAUGAUUCUUGCCGAAUUUCUUAUUGUAUUUUACGAACAUAGCGGUAAGAAUUAUUCGUAACUAGAGUAUAUAGUGUUCAUCUUUUACACAUACUAUUUCAAGCACACGUGGUAAUACUGUUGUGUGUAUAAUGUCAUAACCUCAAACGUGCGGCAUAACGAGAAGCAUAGAUUUUGUAUAUUGUAUUUGGAGGUUACUAUAAACACUCUACAAAAUGGCAAGGAACGCAGAGAAGGCAAUGACCACGCUUGCUCGUUGGAGAGCAGCUCAGAGCAAUGAAGGGGCUAGGAAGGAACAGGAGAGGAGGCCGUACUUGGCAUCGGAAUGUAGAGACCUGAGGAAAGCAGAAAAGUGGAGGAUGCAAAUAAUCAGAGAGAUUGCGAAGAAAGUAGCACAGAUACAGAAUGCCGGUCUGGGAGAAUUUAGGAUCAGGGACUUGAAUGAUGAAAUCAACAAGUUGCUGAGAGAAAAGCGGCAUUGGGAAGCACAAAUAAAGGAGCUGGGAGGUCCAGAUUAUUCCAGAGUGGGACCACGUAUGCUGGAUCACGAGGGUCGCGAGGUCCCUGGUAAUCGUGGAUACAAAUAUUUUGGAGCAGCUAAAGAACUGCCAGGGGUUAGAGAGCUCUUCGAGCAAGAACCUCCACCGCCUCCUCGGAAAACGCGCGCAGAAUUAAUGAAGGACAUCGACGCCGAUUAUUAUGGGUAUAGGGACGAUGACGACGGUAUUUUGUUACCGCUGGAACGGAAUGCAGAACAGAAAGCUAGAGAGAAAGCCGUGCAAGAAUGGCAAGAGCAGAACGAGAAAAACGAACCGGAAGUUGAACCAGAGAUAGAAAUUACCGCGCAAAGAGCAAUACCAUCGCAGCAAGACAUUCAGGAAGCAUUGCUCGCAAGAAAGAAGCAAGAGCUAUUAGAGAAAUAUGUACUUUGACAGGUUUUAUUUUGUUAUCUCUCCUUAUGCGUGUUCAGUAAUAACUAUUUCGUAAGUUUAUUCGUUUAAUUGUAUUAGAGUACACUUUUAUAAAACGCGAUAGAUAUAAUAAUAAUUGUUAUUUAUUAUUAUUAGUAGUAGUAGUAUUAAUAUUAUUAUUAAUUUGUAAGUAAUAACAUUGAUUAAGGUAAUUACUUUGUGCAGUAGACGUUCAAACUUCAAUUUAAUACUUAUCAAGAGAGAUAGAGAGAGAGGAGAGAGAGAGAGAGAGAGAGAGGGAGACAGUGCUGUAGAUAAAAUAUAUAGAUAAAAAUUCAACCAUAGUCUGUUUAUAAUCCUCGCGAUCGUUACUCGUAAAUCUUCCUCUUCAUUUUCCUAUUGGAUCGACCGAUUUAACGACAUAUUAGAAUUAGAACACCGGAGAACAAUGCAACUUACGAGUUAGCGUGAGAAUUAUAAUUCGACGUGUACAUCCAUACGUCGUCGAUAACUGUACUUAAGUAAUAAAGAUUUCAACAUUCCCAUA